CCAAGCCAUCACAUUCGAGGAAAAGAAGAAGUCAGCUGCUUGGCGUGACAACAAAUUAAAUGGCAGCCGACGGCGAGCGAAGAAACUCAAGUUACGUCGCUAAAACCUCGAUUCAAAUGACACUGUUUACCCUUUGACAGAUCGCAAUUCUUGCCUCGACCAUGGAACCCGUCCCGUUCACAGAGGAGCUGUCAGAAAGGAAAGUGUGUGUUGUUGGCUCUGAAUUGGUGGAAAACUACACGGUUUAUAUCAUCGAAGUGUUGGAUGGAGAGCACAAGUGGACAGUGAAGCAUCGCUACAGUGACUUUCACGACCUCCAUGAGAAGUUGGCGACUGAGAACAAAGUGGACCGGCAUUUGCUCCCACCCAAGAAGAUACUGGGCAAGAACUCCAAGAGCCUGGUCGAGCGUCGGCAGAAGGAGCUGGAGGUCUACCUGCAGGCGCUGCUCCGACAGUUCCCGGGGGCUACGCCCACUCCCCUCUCCGCCUUCCUUCACUUCAACCUUUAUGAGAUCAACGGCAUCACGGCUGCGUUAGCCGAGGAGUUGUUUCAUAAAGGUGAAGAGUUGCUGGCUGCCGGCGAGGUGUUCUCUCUGCGUCCCCUGCAGCUGCACGCCGUCUCCCAGCAGCUGCGUCUGGCCAAGCCCACGUGCUACAACGGCGACGCCAAGACUGACCUGGGUCACAUCUUGGACUUCACCUGCAGGCUGCGCUACCUCAAGGUCUGUGGCACCAGAGGUCCAGUCGGAAGCAGUAACAUCCUGGAGAGGAAUUUGCCUUUUGAUCUGUCUUUUUUCAAGUCCCUGCUUCAGAUUGAAAUCAGCGAGUGCACAGCACAGCAAAUUGGAGGUUUGUCGUCUCUGAGGGCCAGCCUGGUCACUCUGAAUAUCCACCACUCCACCGACAACAUGAUGCUUGUCCUCGUGCCGGAAGCCAGCGAAUUCCCUCAGUGGGAAGCCGAGGGCUCGGACCGCGGCUGUCCCGUGACUGCCGUGGUGCCACGCUGGCGAAACCUGACCACGCUGGACAUGAGCCACAAUACCAUCGGCGCCAUCGACGGUUCAGUGAAACUGAUCCGUGAGGUGGAGUUUCUCGAUCUGAGCCAUAACCAGCUUUCCUCGGUGGAAAACCUUCAGCACCUGUACAAUCUGGUCCACGUGGAUUUGUCAUACAACAAGUUGUCCGUCCUGGAGGCGGCUCACACGCGGCUGGGAAACAUCAAGACGCUCAGCCUAGCCGGCAAUCAGCUGGAGCGGCUCACGGGCCUCAGCAAGCUCUACUCCCUGGUCCACCUGGAUCUCAGCCACAACCAGCUUGUUCAAUUGGAAGAAAUCAGGAACAUUGGCUCGCUGCCGUGCUUGGAGAAGCUCAACCUCUCCUCCAACCCAAUUUGCAUCAUCCCCGACUACAGAACCAAAGUCCUAGCACAAUUUGGAGAGCGAGCAGCAGAAGUGUGUCUGGAUGGUCAAGUGACCACAGAGAAGGAGUUGGACACGGUGGAAGUGUUGAAAGCCAUUCAGAAAGCCAAAGAAGUCAAAGACCGCAUGAGCAGCAGCAGCGACAAGAAGAUCAGUGAGGAGACCAAGGUGUCUGCUGCUGCACCUCCUUGCCUCUCUCUUCCUCCCUCCUCUACCUCUUCUUCCUCUUGCUACACCUCCGUUGUCACCCCUCAUUCUUUCGCCUCUUCCGUGGCCUCCUCUUCUUGUCAGGCCCAGCAGGCUUCCUGCACCAGCCAAGAAAUGACCAGCCGAGAAGAAGCUGCUGUUCCACCUAUCAUCUUCCCUCCCGCACCUUCCUCCAGUGGGCGCCUUUCUCCUGCUGACAACACCCUGGUUCAAGACCCCGCCAUCUGUCUGUCUGAUCGUCUACACAACAACUCAGCGAACACAACUUCUUGUUGCCCGUGCUCCUGCUCCUCAUCCUCCUCUAGCCUGCCUGAAGUGACCUGCCCCAGCUGCAGCGCCACCUGGUGUCCCCUGAUCUCCUCUCACCUCCUCUCCCUUACCUUCGCCGACCAGCUCUUCACGGGCCUGCUCUCCAAGCGCCUCCACGCCGCCCUGAAGGAGCAAGAUGAGAAGAAGGUGGAAGCUGAGAAAGAGGAGGAGGAAGUGUGCCCAUCCGGAGAGGUUUCAUCCCAUGUGGAGGCCACGCAAGUGGACUGUCCGCUCUCCAGGGACGGUUACUUUGAGAUGGGAUUGGAUGAUUCUGUUCAGGACUCGUCUCUCCCUCCUCUUCCCACUGGGCUCAGUGUUCCUCCGUCGCACCCGUGUGAUGACGAGCAGCAGGAAGAGAAUAUCAACAAUGUGAUUUGGUGCUACUGUCUUAAGGUGGAAAAGGAGGAGAAGGAGGUGGAGCAGAGCGUUGUGUGCGUGGUGUUGACGCACAAUCUUUUAUGCUUGCUGCGCUUAUCACGUGAUGGCAAGGGGACCGAUCUGGGUGCAGUCGAAGACCAGAGUCCAUCCACAGAGGCUGUUGUGUCCAGUCUUGAGGUGGCCCUUCUGCUGCCUUUCUCUCACCUGCUGCUCUUCUUGCACGCUGAGCUUCCAGCUUCCUGUCUAGCCUUCGGGCCGCAGAAUGGCGCCGCUUGCUAUUACCUCUUCUCCGAGGCCCAGGAGCUCCAGAGAACCACGGUCGAGCUGAAAAGACUGACGCAGGUUACAGCGGUAGCAGAGUCUCCUCAGAUCCUCCCCCACUCCCUCCUGAACACUUGGGAAAAGGAGGAGAGUCAGGAAGUUCAGAGAGGCUACUUAAGCCUCCUCCUGCCCUCCUCUUCCUCUUCCACCUCACACCAACUCCUGUCGGAUGUUUUACCCAACACGAAGGCGCUCCCAUCUCUCCUUUUUCUCACCCACCGACACCUCUGGGUGCUGAAGAUGGAUGUCACAAAGAUUGCAGAGCGAGAGAGAAGCACCGCCGGCCUUCAUCGGGACUGGUGCAGGCUGGUCCGCGUACCCCUCGGCUCGGUGGUGCUUCACCCCAACCAGAGAGCUCCUCGGGCUGGGAAGUCAUGCCGGCAACCUGAACACCACCGCAGAUCGAGCCACACGGCCGAGCUACUGCUGGCUGGUGGCAGCCUGCUGCUGCUUUUCCCGCUGGCUCAGGACAACAGCUCCUUCUUGGCGGAGCUGAACCAGCGGAGAGUGGCUCUGGAGGGACUGAAGAUGGUGGCGCUGCCUGUCCCUUGCAGAUGCUGGCCGCACCAAGAGGAAGCCACACAGGGUCACAAUAGAAAUCCUGUUGACCAGUGCUGUUGUAGCAGGAGCAGAAGAGCACACAGCAACAGCAGCUCGUCUCGUCUCCGACUGGAAGAGAACCAGCUAUCCUCUCACCUCACCCCGGGCCUCUCCCCAGGGCUGAAACUUCUGGCUGGGCUCGACGGGGAACUGCUGCUGACGUACUUCCACAGACAUAUAUCACUGUCCGAGGAGGCCGAGGUGCGGCAAGUCUUGUGGCUAUCUGCCGUUCUCUACGCUGCACCCGAGGCAGAACUGGCCUGCUGCCUUUUUCUCUCUACCGAGAGCGUCUACCUCCUUUUGGAAGACUCUGCUGCCACUCACCACUGCCACACAGAAAUGGACAUGAGCACUUCUCCAGACCCAAACGUGUGCCUUUGCUGCUGCCUGACCAUCCGACUCGUCGAUCUGCUCUCUGUCAAUGUGGGAUUGUUCGAUCAGUACUUCAGGCUUGUAGGCCGCUCGGCCGAGCACAUUGUUUGCUGCCUAAGUAGGGACAGUUAUGGCACAGGGCUGUUUCUCCAGGAGCUGAUGUCUGUGCUCAGUCUGCAGCAGAAGCCGACAGCUCCGGAGCCCUCGGAGCAGGACUUCUACUCGCAGUUUACCAACACCAGCUCAGGCAAAAUGCACAACUACGAGCUUGUCCACAGCAGCAGGGUGAAGUUCAUCUACCCCAGCGAGGAGGAGAUGGGCGACCUCACCUUCAUUGUGGCUGAGAGGAAGCCCCCCCCCGCCAGUGCGGCGCCUUCUUCCUCGUCUUUGUCAUCCUCGUCCUUGUCCUCGCGUUCCUUCAACGUGCUGCUGUACCUGCUGGUGUUUCAGGUUCAGCUGGAGAACGAGCAGACCUCCAACAGAUCUCCCGUUCUCCAGCCCCGGACGCUGAUUCUGACCAGCACAGACAUCUUCCUGUUGGACGAAGACUACGUCAGCUAUCCGCUUCCAGACUUCGCCAAGGAGCCGCCGUCCAGGGAACGUUACCAGCUGCGGGAAGCCCGGCGGAUUCGCGACUUGGACCGGGUUCUGCUCGGCUACCAGACGUACCCUCAGGCCCUGACGCUGGUAUUCGACGACCUGCCGGGCCCAGGCUUGCUGUGCCACCUCACCAUGGACCACUUUGGGGUGGAGGGCGAGGAGCGCCUCCCGCCUCCGCCUCCCCCUCCGUGCGGGGGUGCAGAGGGUGAGGUGCAAUGGUGCGUCUUUGUGCCGGGAGCCGACAGCCGUGAGAGACUCAUCUCCCUGCUGGCUCGCCAGUGGGAGGCGCUGUGCAGCCGAGAGCUUCCGGUGGAGCUCACCGGCUGAUUGGAGUACAAAGAAAAGAGCGCAAUGGGAACGGCGCCAACUUGACGCAGGUGCAAACUUAUAUAAAUGAGUCAAUCGCUGUGGAUUGUCCAGAGACGCACCUCUCAUUUGUCCCAAUGCUAAUGGAGAUGAAAGGAGGGCAGCCAUUUUGGACCACGGUGAUGAAGCAAGAAAAGUACAGAUGAAAAGGCAUAAGAAGAGUGGCCGUUUUGACGCAUGACGUUUUGUCCCCGCUGCUGAAAGAUGACGAGGCAAAACGAGGGUGGCCAUUUUGGAUCGCGGAGGUGAAACGGGAAAAGGCGUGACGGACAAUUUGACUUGUGAAGUUUUUGCGUGGGCCAUAGUGACUCUCAAUGCUUUGUCUCGUUUUAAUGGAGGUGACGCGGCAAAACUAAAGGGGCCAUUUUGACUCACAUAGAUGAAGAAGCAAAUGUGGGGUGGCCAUUUUGACGGUGUACCGCUGCUAACCAAAAUGAGAGGCAAACAAUACAAAAGUGGCUCUUUUGACUUUUGGGUUUGGGUUUGCGGGAUAAUUUAUCCCAGCCAAGUUUCACUCUCAAAAAAUAUUGUCCCGCCCAUAGGAGAUGCAAACCAAGAGCGGCCAUUUUCUCUUAGGACAGUUUCAAAGAAUUUUCACGCUUUUCAUGAAUGUUUUGAAUGAACGAUCAAAACUUGCACUGCAAAAAACACACUGCCAGGUUUGAAAAAUCUUAGCUUUGCAUCGGGCAACACAUGCAUGCACGAAUAAGAGUUGCACCGUGUGAUUUCGACCUUUUUCUUUUGUCAUGCACAUUCUAUUUGCUGCUUUGUCUUUCAGUGAGAGGGAAGGAGAGAGUUCUAGAAGGGAAAUGUUGCACAAGCCAUCAAUGGACACUGCAAGAGGGAGAAAAAAAGUGCGCUGUCACUUUUACGAACUUGCUUCCUCCUUUCGUACCAUUCGGUGAGUGAAAGAAUCCCAGACAUGCACAAUUUAGUGUGCCAAGAUACACUUUUCACAAUAUCUCAAACUUUUUCUGAGCAGUGUAGUGUCAGGCAGAUGGACUCUUUCAACAGGGGGCGCCACAGACAUUACUUGAUUUUAAAAGUUCAUCUUCAUUUGUAUGGAAUGCUGUUGUUCGGACAGAAAAUGGACAGUUUGCAUAUUAACCAACUUUUAACCCCCCAAAAAUUAUACUGUGGAAAGUUUACAUUGACAACCACUAUAUGCAUAAAAAAAAAUGGAAACUCGCACCAAGCAUUUCAGUUCUUUGCACUUUCCGAGAUUUGCUGAACAAAGUAAAGAAGCUUUUUAUUGGUGUAAUUGAUACAGCUACUGGUCAAAUUAUUAAGUACUCUGACACAUUCAUGAGUUAUACACAAAAAAUAUGAAAAAUCUGCCUUU